CGGCCGCACAUUUUUUUCCAUUAUUAUUCAACAACUUGGGAAAUUGGACAUUCAAAAUUUGUGUGUUGGGUGACAGAAUGAACAGCAUUGGUGAGGACUGCAACGAGCUGAAGAAGCAAUACGAUGCCUGUUUCAACAAUUGGUUCUCGGAGCGCUUUCUCAAAGGCCACACAGACGAUUCUGUGUGUGCACCCAUAUUCAAGGUAUACCAGGAAUGUGUAAAGCGCGCUAUGCGUGAGCAAAAAAUUGAGUUGCGUGAAAUUGAAACGGAGUAUACGACCAGCAGCGAGUACGAGAGUGCAAGUGGCAGUAAACAACAAGGCGGACAACAUAAAAGUUGACCGCAAUUGCCGCAGACUACCAAAAACGGCCUGACAGAGCGAUGCAUUUAUGCCAGUAACGGUGCACGGGGCGUUAAUGAGCACGCAAUUCAAGUCAAUGAAAAGCCACGACACCGGCGCAGUUCCACUAUCUAAGGUCUUGAAAAGGGCUUGCGUACCAAUAGCAGUUUUUACUCGACUAAUUAAACUAAAGUUACCCUUCCCAUAACAUAUAACAAUCCAAAGUGUAUAUUAUUUGUUACUGAUUAUUGUUAAGUUGAAACACAAAUGUAAACCUAUAACGCUUGUUCGUUAUUAAAGU